AUGACAUCUAACCCCAACCUCUACGGCCUCCCCCGCCCCCGAACCUCCAAACCCACCAAACCCACACCCUCCUCCAACGCCGCCUUCACCUCAGCCCUCUCCUCCCUCCUCGCCCUCCCCUCCCCCUCCACCACCACUACCCCCGGCCGCGCCCGCCCUUCCAGAUCCAAACCCGACAUCUUCACCGCCCACAACAAAGGCGCCAAAAAGCGCGCCCUGGCCGACAUCUCCGGCCCGCAAUCCCACGCCCGGACCAGCGACGCCGUCGACGCCGCCACGCUGCACCGUUCGAAGCGGAAAAUGGAGGACAAGGCCAGACUGUACGCGAGCAUGAAGCGCGGCGACUACGUCCCCCCGGCCGACGGCGGCACGAACAAGGAGGAAAACGCGCUCGUGGAUUUCGAUCGCAAGUGGGCCGAGGCGGACGAGGCGGGCGAGGCGGGGAGAUACGAGACGGAAUCCGACGAUGGCGGGGACAGCGUCGACGACGGGGGGGAGGGGGAGGAGAGGGUGGAAUACGAAGACGAAUUCGGCCGUCUCCGGCACGGCACGCGAGCCUCGGCGUCGCGGGAGCUCCGCCGCCGCGACGCCGCCGCGCACGCGGAGGAAGAGCUGGGCCGCAUGCGGGCGCGGCCGGCGCGGCCGGAGGGCCUGAUCGUCGGCGACACGAUCCAGGCGGCGGCGUUCAACCCGGCGGCGGCGGGCAUGGAGGCGCUGGCGCGGAAGCGGGACCGCAGCCUCACGCCGCCGGAGGAGGUGCACUAUGAUGCCGGGAGCGAGGACGGGGAGGGGAGGCGGAGGGAGAUGGAUGCGUUGGGCAGGGAGAGGGAGGAGACGGAGAGGGGGAGGAGGGAGGGGGUGGAGAGGAGGGAGAGGAGGAGGGGGGAGGUGGAGGAGAGGAAGAGGGUGAUUGCGAAGAAGAGGGGGGAGAGGCUGGCGGAGAGGUUUUUGAAUGGGUUGGAUGUGCCGUAG